AUGAUACCAUUGUCUUAUGUACUAGUGGCGCGCGCGAAAGUGGCUUUAAUUCAAAUUAUUUAUAUUCCUAUAAUUCCUAAUAAUGACAUAAUUGACAUAAUCGUCUCAGAAAAUCGACUGAUUUAUCUUGAACUAGAACAGAUUUGGGCAGAAUAA